CUGCAAUGAGAAUUCCCUAAAGCAUUUACUCUUUGUCUAGUGCUGUGUGUCAGGCUGUCUCUUUAUCUCCAUCUUCCACAGUCUUCCCACCUAGUGAGAGAGACACGGAGCUCUGUCCAGCAAAGGUUAAACUACAACAGGAGUCCCCUAACACGCUCAGCGCCGGAGGGAGGCAAAUGUAGAUCUGUCAGACUUCAGGAAUCUGGCCACUUUCCAUAUUUGUGCACUUUGCUGGCAGCUUAUGAACGACUUAAGAAUCCUGCAAUCCUUUAUGGAUACGGAGAAUAGGGUCAGUUUCGAAAGUCCCUAGAAGCCGUCCUUUUUUUGGAAGAAGGGCAAGUGGAUUACCAGUGGGCUAUUGUCAUGAAGAAGAGUCCGCAAGCACAGUGCUAAAGGAGGAAGACUGCAGGUGAGAGCCUAUUUACCUACAGAGAAACUUGCCUGUGUAUUCACGUCAUUCUGCUGUCCUGGGCUUCUGUUUAGCUGCAAGCGCUGGUCUUCUAUCACACAUGCCUCCAAUGAGACUCUAGGUAUCUGCCAGCCCUCCCCCCCACAGGCUAUCGCCCCUUUCUCUCUUAAUUUUCAGUGCCUGCCUGGCUGAUGAAUGGGUGAGCAUUCUCUUGCAAAGACCAUCGUUUGAUGAGCCCCGGGAGCCUGAACUCUUCUGUUUUUUUCCCCCCUCGUCUUCGUCUUCCCCCGUAGGCAGAAUUGUGUGGUGGUUGUUAAGCCGCCUGAGAAGACCACUGAAGAACGCAGUGACGAAACUGUAUGCUGGUGUUAAAAGAAGUGAGGGUGACACUUGGAGAGGGGGAGAGAGGGGGUGGGCGGCUCUGCCUAUAUCGGAGAGGACGCAAACGGGGGGAGUGAAAUAAAGUGGCAGUAUAUUUCAUCGGAAGACGGGUGCCACUUCUCUAUUGCUGAGAAAAUGGAGUGUCUGCGAGUCCGUUAGAAACAAAGCAGAAGUGAUGCAAAGGAACUUUCACCUAACGAAAAGAAAGGGACUUUUUAAUCCCCUAAUGAGGCUGAGCACACAAAGUUUAAGCCUUAAUGUCGUAAUGCUAUGAUAUUCCAGCGGUAGGUGGAAAUCUCACCGUCUAAGGUAAAUUCUGACACCUCGGCUUCUUCUGUUACAUCUUUCAGCGGAUUUUUGUUUUCUAUUCAGCAGGAGUUUGUAUUUAUACCUGUGAUGCAAGAUUGCAGAACUUCAAGAAGGAUUUUCAAUUCUUUAAAUGUUUCAGGAUCUAUAGAAACAUGGUACCUGUAUAGUCUCCUCUUCUUGUCGACUUCAUGGAUGUUUACCUAAGAUAGAGCUGCCAUUGGGUAUACAGUGUGGUUUUUCUACCCAUCUUUCUGGAAUGGGAUUAUUGAACUCCACAAAGUCCAGCGUGUUGGAGAACCAUGUGUGCUUGAGACGUGGGGUUUGCCAGGAAUUAUUGCAUUGCUCCUGACCAGAUGUUGACCUCGAUUCUAUCAUGGUGUCCUAAGUGUUAAAGAUUUACGGACUCCUUUUUUUAUAACAAUACAAUAGUUAUACAUUUAAAAGACUGUAAGGAUAAGGAUGUAAACCUGAAUUAGGAGGUUGCCUUGUGGAGACUGCAGAGAGCCCCUACAGAGACUUUGCCAUGACUGGGUGUCACUACCCUGCUCCAGCUACUGAGCAGGACCGGAUCUAUCAGCAUAAAGUCUCUCUGGUGGUUCGUUACUUCAUGAUCCCAUGUAACAUAUGCCUCAUCCUACUUGCCACUUCAACGCUUGGAUUUGCAGUGCUUCUGUUCCUCAAUAACUAUAAACCAGGAAGCCAUUUUCCAAGUCCUCAGCCUACAUUACAGGAUGUGGAACUGCAAGCAUGUCGAGGAAUGCUGUGCGGUUUUGGUGCGGCGUGUGAGAAGAGCAGCACAGACCCAUCUCAAGCAACCUGUGUUUGCAAGAAAACUGCCUGCCCAUCCGUGGUGGCACCCGUCUGCGGAUCCGACUACUCUACCUACAGUAACGAGUGUGAACUUGAACGUGCCCAGUGUAACCAACAGCGAAGAAUCAAAGUAAUCAGUAAAGGGCCUUGUGGUUCCCGAGAUCCUUGCUCAUCUGUGUCCUGCAGUUAUGGAAGCACCUGUGUGCGCUCAACAGAUGGACAAACUGCAAAAUGUGUCUGCCCAACCACCUGUGCUGGUAUACCUGAAAAUAUUGUGUGCGGUAGUGAUGGCAAAGAUUAUCGAAAUGAGUGCACUCUCAACAAGCAAGCCUGUGAUAACCAGGAGAACCUCUACAAAAAGUUUGAGGGCUCAUGUGACCCUUGCAGAAGCGCCCUAAAUGAUAUGAACCGAGUAUGUCGAGUGAACCCACGCACACGAAAAUUGGACAUGCUUUCCCGACCCGAGAACUGCCCAUCCCGCAAGGAACUGGUUUGUGCUGACGAUGGGGUGACUUAUGAUAAUGAGUGUGUAAUGACCAGAACUGGAGCCGUCAAAGGGAUAGAACUAAUAAAGGUGCGCUCAGGGCAGUGCCAGGCUCAGGACAAAUGUAAGGAUGAAUGUAAGCACAAUGCUGUGUGCCUUAACCGUCGAGGAAUCACCCGCUGUUCUUGUGACCGCAUCACUUGUGACGGGGCCUACAAGCCUGUCUGCGGCCGGGACAGCCGAACUUAUGCCAACGACUGUGAGAGGCAAAGAGCUGAGUGCAUCCAAAAAACAGCCAUUCCUAUGAAACACAAGGGUCCAUGUGAUCUUCAUGCUCCCAGCCCUUGCCUGAAUGUGGAGUGCAGCUUUGGAGCAGCCUGCGUGGUGAAAAACAAAAUGUCAGUUUGCGAAUGCCAGCAAGUGUGCCAGAGCGUCUACGACCCCGUCUGUGGCAGUGACUCGCGCACAUAUGGCAAUCCUUGCGAGUUGGAGGCCACUGCUUGUGCACUGAAAAAGGAGAUCACAAUUAAGCACAAGGGGCCCUGCGAUCGCUGCCGGAAGUGUCAGUUUGGAGCCAUUUGUGAAGCAGAGACUGGCCGCUGUGUGUGCCCAACAGAAUGUAUACCCUCGGCUCAACCUGUGUGCGGAACUGACGGCAAAACGUAUGGAAGCGAAUGUGAACUCAAUGUGCGGGCCUGCACUCAACAAAUUAAUCUUCAGGUGGCAGCACAAGGAGACUGCAAGACCUGUGGAAACACCAUCUGCAGCUUUGGUGCCAAGUGUAUGAACAACCAGUGUGUGUGCCAGCCUUGUGAGCGCCAACCCUACCUACCAGUGUGCGGUAGCGAUGGAGUCACGUAUGACAACCAGUGUGAGCUGCAAGCUGCAUCCUGCAAGCAGAAGAAGAAAAUAGAAGUCGCUCGGGCAGGAUCCUGUGAAGACGAAUGUGGUUCAAGUAUGGCUGGGUCUGGUUCUGGAGAAGACAGCGAGUGUGAACAAGAUCGCUGUAAACGCUAUGGAGGCUCAUGGGAUGAGGACGUGGAGGAUGAUCGUUGUGUCUGCGAUUUCACCUGCCAUGCUGUGUUGCGGAACCCGGUGUGCGGUUCUGAUGGUGCUACUUAUUCAAAUGAUUGUGAACUCAAGAAAACUCGCUGUGAGAGACACCAAGACCUGUUUGUGGCAGCGCAAGGUCCCUGCCGAGCUGCUUCCACCAGCUCCCCUCCCGUGGUCCCUCAUUGUAGUCAUACGGUGUAUGGAUGUUGUCCUGACAAUGUCACUGCUGCCCUUGGCGUGGGUCUGGCCGGAUGCCCAAGCAGCUGCCAGUGUAACCAGCAUGGCUCCUACGGGGGUACUUGCGAUCCCACCACUGGCCAGUGUUCUUGUAAACCCGGAGUAGGGGGACUGAAGUGUGACCGGUGUGAGCCUGGUUUCUGGAACUUCCGAGGCAUUGUAACGGAUAAGAAGAGCGGCUGUACCCCAUGCAAUUGUGAUCCAGUUGGAGCGGUGCGUGAUGACUGCGAGCAGAUGACAGGUCUUUGCUCCUGUAAGACAGGAAUUUCUGGUUUGAAAUGCAGCCAAUGCCCAGAUGGUCGAAAACCUGGCUUGAACGGCUGUGAGCAGGAUCCAUCAGCUCCCAAAUCCUGUAAUGAUAUCCAGUGCCAGUUUGGUGCAACGUGUGUGGUGGUUGGAGGCAUUGCCCAUUGCGAGUGCCCGUCACCUCUGUGUGCAGAAUCUAACCUUACCAAGGUCUGUGGUUCUGAUGGAGUGACCUAUGGAGACUGGUGUCAGCUGAAAACCAUUGCUUGCAGGCAGGGUCGUACCAUCACUGUGAAGCACACUGGGCCCUGUCAAGAAGCCAUCACAAUGGCUAAUCUGCAGACACUGGCUCCAACUGGGACCCCUGGCCCACCAAUCGGACGAUCACUUCCCACGCCAGCAUCCCCGAAGGCUCGGAGAAAACCUGACUCUUUCCCAUUGGUAAUGGAGACUGAAAGCCCCCGCCAGCGUUAUACAAGCACUGCCAGGCCAGUUACUCAAACAUAUGCAGUCCGCACAUCAACAGCAAGGCCCGGUGUUACUGUGCCUACCAUGAGGCCUACUACAACACGAAUAUAUGAUGAUUCUGGAAGUGGCAGUGGUGAUGAUGAUCUAGAAGCAAGUGGAGAUCAGGAAUUAAGUGGAACUGAACCAGGAGCAGAUAAGUUUGAUGGAGGAGAUGAACAGCAGAAAGAAUAUGAGGAGACACUUGAUUUCGAAGCCACGCCGGUGAUGGAAAGGGCCAGCUGCUACAACACACCUCUAGGUUGUUGCUCAGAUGGAAAGACCCCAGCCAUCGAUACUGAAGGCACUAACUGCCCAAAAACAAAAACUUUUGAAGGUGUCCUGAUCAUAGAAGAGCUAGAGGGUCAGGAGGUGUUUUAUACCCCAGAGAUGUCAGAUUACAAGUCAGAGCUGUUUGGUGAGACAGCAAGAAGCAUUGAGAAUGCGCUGGAUAAUCUUUUCCGAAAUUCUGAUGUGAAGAGGGACUUCAGAAGCAUCCGUGUACGGGACUUGGGUCCUAGCAACUCCAUCAGAGCCAUAGUGGAAGUACAUUUCGAUCCAGCUACCAGCCUGACUGCUAUCGAUGUGCAGAAAGCAUUGCUGGCAAGACUCAAGAGCACCAAGAAGAAGGCAAUCACUAUAAAGAAGCCAAUCCAGGACAACGUGAAGUUCUUGGACUUUGGUGAGAUCGCUGACUGGGUACCUGUUAUGGUUACAACCACCACAACAACUGCAGCAACAACUAGUAUAAUGGCAACAACCAGCACUGUAGCAGCCACUAUGCCUGUACUUGCUACAACUAAUAUGGCCACUACCCCACCUCCCAAGAGGACAACUGCUGCCAAAACCACACCGGUGCCUCUUGUCCAACACCCUGUUACCACAGUGAGGAUGACUACAAAACGACCCAUGACUAGUACAAAAAGGCCAAUGACCACUACCGCUACUCUACCAAGGAGGAAACCAGCUCGUGUACCCACACCUGCUAGGAAGCCUCCAAGACCCUGUGACUCACAUCCGUGCAUGCAUGGUGGCACCUGUGAAGAUGAUGGCAAAGAGUUUACCUGCAGCUGUCCAGCUGGAAAAGGAGGAGUUGUCUGUGAGAAAGACAUUAAGUAUUUCAUUCCUGGAUUUGGGGGUAAGUCUUACCUGGCAUUCAAAAUGAUGAAGGCAUAUCACACAGUGCGCAUUGCCAUGGAAUUCCGCUCCUCUGAGCAGAAUGGUCUUCUGUUGUACAAUGGCCAGAUCCGAGGAAAGGAUUUCGUCUCCUUGGCAGUAGUGAACGGCUUUGUGGAGCUUAGGUUUAACACUGGAUCGGGCACUGGAAUAAUCACCAGUAAAGUGCCAGUGGAGCCUGGCCGGUGGCACCAGCUUGUAGUAAUACGGAAUCGGCGCAGUGGUAUGUUGUCUGUGGAUGGAGAAACACAUGUGAAUGGAGAGAGUCCACCAGGUACCGACGGUCUGAACCUGGACACUGACCUGUUCAUUGGAGGAGCUCCAGAAGACCAGAUGUCUGUGGUGACAGAAAGGACCUCUGUGACUAUUGGCCUGAAGGGUUGUAUUCGCCUGCUAGAUGUGAACAAUCAAGUGUACAACUUGCAGGAAGAAGGAGAGGAUGUCUUAUAUGGCAGUGGUGUGGGAGAGUGUGGGAACAACCCAUGCCAACCCAAUCCUUGCCAUAAUGGUGCUGUAUGUCAAGUGAAGGAGGCCGAAAUGUUCCAUUGCCAGUGUCUCAAUGGCUACACAGGACCUACCUGUGCAGAUGAACGCAACCCUUGUGACCCCAACCCUUGUCAUGUUUCUGCAACAUGUUUGGUGCUACCCGAGGGUGGAGCAAAGUGUGAAUGCCCUAUGGGCAGAGAGGGGGAGUUUUGUGAAAAGGUGAUUGACCCGGAUUUUAAUCUGCCUUUCUUGCCACGUUUUAACGGCUACUCUUAUCUGGAAUUGAAAGGUCUUCAGACGUUUGCCACCGACAUAACUGAUAAGCUGACUAUGGAGGUGGUGUUCCUUACCAGCAGCCCCAAUGGACUUCUCUUCUAUAACGGGCAGAAAACAGAUGGCAAAGGGGACUUUGUUUCUCUUGCCCUGCAUGAUGGACAUCUGGAAUACAGAUAUGAUCUAGGGAAAGGGGCAGCUGUUAUCAGGAACAAGGAAAAGAUUCCCCUUAACACAUGGGUUAGUGUCACUUUGGAGCGUAAUGGACGAAAGGGUCAGAUGCGAAUCAAUAACAAGGAACAGGUUACAGGAGAGUCACCGAAAUCCCGUAAGACACCGCACAACGCACUGAACCUGAAGGAGUCGCUGUAUGUUGGAGGAGCACCAGACUUCAGCAAACUAGCUCGAGCUGCUGCAAUAUCCACCAGCUUUCAAGGAUCAAUCCAGAAGCUUAACAUCAAGGGCUUUCCAGUACUGAGAGAAGAGAACAUCCUCAAUGCAAUUGAAAUCGCAACAUUCCUUGGCCACCCAUGUACCCAGAAACCAUACCCCUGUCAGAAUGGAGGACUGUGCAUCCCUAAAAAGGAGAACUACGAUUGUGUGUGCCAGCGAGGCUUCUCUGGAGGGCAAUGUGAGAAAGCUACCAUUGAAAAAUCAGCUGGAAGCUCAGAAGCCGUGUCAUUUGACGGGAAGACUUACCUGGAGUACCACAAAGUGACCAAAAACCAACUGACUAAUGAGAUACCUGAUCAUGCCCCUGCGGAUAAUCCAGACGGUGAAAAGGCACUGCUGACCAAUGAAUUUGAGCUGAGCAUCAAGACUGAAGCCACUCAGGGUCUGAUCCUCUGGAGCGGAAAAGGCACAGAACGUUCUGAUUACAUUGCCCUUGCUGUGAUAGGAGGCUACGUACAAAUGAUGUACGAUCUUGGAUCUAAACCAGUUAUCCUCCGGUCUACGGUACCAGUUAACACCAACCAAUGGAUUCGCAUCAAAGCUCUAAGAAAUAACAGGGAUGGCAUCUUACAAGUUGGGAAUGAGGCACCAGUUUUUGGUUCAUCUCCGUUUGGGUCCAAACAUCUAGAUACUGAUGGAGCCUUGUGGCUGGGUGGUGUAGAGAAGCUGAGUGUCUCCUACAAGCUACCCAAAGCAUAUAGCACUGGCUUCAUUGGGUGCAUGAAGGAUGUUCUCAUUGACCGGAAGGAGCUACACCUUGUGGAAGAUGCAGAGAAUAGUCCCCCUAUAUUAUACUGCUCAGCCAAAUAAUCCGGAGACUUACUUACCUUCCUCCUUUCUAGCCUACCCCCUUUCCCUCCUCUCCCCACCCAUUCACUGCUGUAAUUAUUUUCUAUUUUUGUAAACUUAUUGCUUUUUAUAUUUUGUGUGUGGGGGGAGGAAGGAGAAGGCAGUGUCUGUAUCUGUGUGAAUGAGUUCAAAUACUGCAACCAGACCAAAAUCCAAUGGGGGGGCACAGGGGGUUACAUAAUGGAGAGGUUAAACAAACUUGCAGGUAAUACGUGAGAUCUGGUUUAACUCACAAGGGCCUUAUUCAAGUCAAAUCAGGGAUUACUGGGGGUGGGGGGAGAGAUAAAAGAUAUUUUAUAGUGAAGAGCUAAAUUACUUUAAUAAUUGGGUUAGCUGAACCUCUGCUAAACCCGUGAUGAUGGUUGCAGCAUUUUGCCUUUGGUGUGUAUGAGUGCAUGCGUUUUGAGAUGUGUGAUGUGAUGCUGCUUCAGCUGUACCCACUCAACAGUGAGAGAUACCUUUGUUUUGGGUUGAAUGAUGUCCCCACCGCUGGCUGCUUUGCAUUCCCUAGACAAAAUAUUAUCCUAAGGAAAGAAGAGGAGAUAAGGAGUCUCUGUGGUAAUAAUGUGGCCUUCUUGUUCGAAUCAUCUUCUGUUUUGCAAGAAAUUCCCUUGCCCAUGAGCAUCCCUAUACCUCUUCCAUAUCAUUCUGCCCCCAUAGGGGUGUCUAUAAUAUAAAACGUCCAAUCAUACAUUCCUUUUUUGUUGUUGUUGUAGGUUUGACCCCUGUUGUACUUGUAGUGGCCAAAACCAAUUUGGGGGGGGGGGGGGGUGGAGGACAACUUUUCAAUCCUCCAAAUCCACUUGUACAUUAACCCUGGAAGGUGGCUAUUGGUUUUAUAAAGCCCCAUGAAUUUGUGUAGAAGUUUCCUUGGCUUACUCGGUAGUAUAGUGCUAAGGAAUGGUAUAAUCCCUUCUAGGACAGGGUUUUAAUAAAAUGCUGGAGGAGAUUUUUUUUUUUUUUUAUUGGUUUUUAGUUGUUUGACAUACACUGUCUUUUUUGGAAGCAUUUGUUUAACCCUUAUCUCUAACUGACUCACAUCUAGUGGCCAUUAGAAAGGUUCUAGAUGGUUGAAUGUAUCAUUGGUGAUUGAAACACAGUAGAUUUUUUAACUAGACAACAAACAAAAAAUGCCUGUAGAGCUUUCUGCAUUAAAAAAUAUGCAUUAUUUAAGACUGAUGUAAUAGUUAGUUGCAGGAUGAAUAUCUACGGGAGAAGCCAUACACAUCAGGAUUCUCUUCUGACAGCAGGUGCUUCUAUGGCUGUCAGAAGUGACUGCAGCCAAUUGGCUUCAGCAGAGAAUUUUCUGCCAGGCUCCUUAGACUGUCAGAUCAAAGUUUGUUGAGCUGAGUGGCAGACGGGGCUAACGUUUCAGCUGAUUAAGCGGCGAUCAGACAUAAUUGGGCCAUCUAUGGCCAGUAUAAAACAAUG